GAUGGGGGCUGACGCGAUCGCAGGUGUACAGACGCCGCUGCGGGAAUGCGCGUAGGCUGGCGCAUCGGGGUGUUUGUAAAACGUGCCGGCUUUCUUUUCGUAUCGCCAGCUGCAUGUUUCUGUCAGCGCAGGUGGGCGUCUAUCGCCGCUCGAGCCGUUCAUCACGGCAGCGAGCCGACGACGCUGACUCCGCUUAUUAGCGCACUCGGUGCUUUCGUUGCUUUCGUGUCGUGUCCCGACGUCUGAAGUCAAACGCGUCAAAUGCCCCAACACGGAAACAUCGUUUGCUACUGGUUUGCCGUGGUUCAUGCUUCUUCGCCGCUCGGGAAGACGCACGGAUACCGUUAACCUGUGUUUACAUCGCCUGGUGAUUGUCCUGAAACGCCAUGAAGUUCAACGGUGCUCCCAAGCGAUACGUGCCACUGCCGCAGAGCCAAAGCGACGACGAAGUCGUGAGGCUCGACGAACAGCAGGCUCAGCGUCGCAACAACACUGCGGUCGCGGGUUCCGGUGCCGCGGCGACGGCAAACGGUCGCGCUGGUGCGGCUUCCGAACACUCUGCAGGUGCAGCGCAGAUAGCCAUGACACGUCUGGAGGCCAAGCAAACCGAUGCAUCCGGUGUUCCCGACUGGAGCAGCGAAGGGACAGCACCGCUGUCAGUGUGGCGCAAGUGCUGCCUUGCACUGAGCCUGGCGUGCAGUGCUCUGUUUGUACUAGGCCUUGGCUGGCUGCUGCCGUGCCGCUACGACAGCCUGCAGCCAUUGGAGAGUGUGCCCAGCGUGAUGCAGCAGUGGACGCACCUCUACCAAGGCCUGGCGCUGACAUCCAAUGUGGAGGCCUCAUUUGAGGAUGGUGUCGAGCGCGAGAGCACAGUGCACCUGGGCUUCCGGCAGUACUCUGAGCACAAUGAAACGGCCACGGUCGGUGUGAUGGCUCUCAACGGCAUGACGGGUGCCAUCAUGUGGAAGCAGGAGCUGUAUGCGGCUGCGGUACGGCAGCAGUGCCUCCUGGAUGUCUGCUUCGUGUUGGGAGACGGCUCCAACUCGCUGCUUGCUGCAGUCAACAAGUCCAGUGGUGCUGUGCUCUGGUACGCACACGACCACGGAAGCGAUGGACAGCUUGGUGGCAGCACCUUGCAGUCUGUCUCAGACUUUCAUGUGGUGACGGACUGCAAUGACGACGGCCUGCCGGACCUUGUCGUCUCUAUGCAGGUGGAGAAGCCGAGCACCGAACCGUUCUCAGUGUCCGUACUGGAGAGGGCAUUGGCACUGGUCUCCCAGGACGAUGGGCGCCUGCUAAAGGCGCCCCUGGCGCUUCCGUUGUGCUACAACAUGCCGCGCAUCCUCGGUUCACUGGAGCAUGGCCGUAACAUCUCGCACCACGUCGAUGUCUUCGUGCACUGUGUCACGCACGACAACAAAAGCAUACUCUUGAAAGUGGCAUUAAGUCGGCUGUCUUCGGUCAACCAGACGGAAGAUGAAGCCACAACACACGUAAUGUGGAGCAAGGGCAAGUCUGCCAGUGGGCAUGGCCUGCAGCUUGUCGUGCUUCAAGAGGACGAGGAGCCCUCUCUGAUCCUGGCCUGGGGCCAUGGCAAGCUGCUCAAGCUGGCUGGCGCCAACUACCACCAGCGCUGGAGCACGGACCUCAAGCUGGACUCGCCCAUCAGGAGUUUGGUUGCCGGCCACUUCACAGCAUUCAGCACAUACGAGCUGUUUGUCGUCUCGGACCACGGAACUCGAUCUCGAGCCACAUUGUUCCAGCUGUUGAGCGCAUCGACGGGCCACGUCAGCUGGCAGAUGCAGUACGACGGCACCGCCACUCGUGUGGCUCACCUGGUGCCCGCCAUCUCUCGUUACGUGGACGGGGUGCUCAUCAAGGCCACCAGCCCUCUGGCGGAUGCCACGGCCAGCCGCCAUGACCUCGACCUCUGGGUGAAGAAGUUGCAGGAGCCCAAGUAUGCCCAUUACCUGGAAGCUUUCCACGGAAUCCACGAUUACAACCCAGAGAAGCACCAACUUGUGCUGAACACCCAAGAAGAGCAGUACUUCAUUGUAGACUUCACGAACAAGACGGUGGACAUCAUGGCACGGCUUACCGUGCAGCAGCUCUGCUUUGGCACCAAGUGCGCUCCAGACAUUUUCUCAACAAAGGAGAACGUGGCCAUGCAGGUGCUGCAACACCGGCCUGGCAGCUACUACCUGUCGCUCGCCACCACCUCGGCGAACCGGCGCUCGAAUGCCAGUGUGCCCCACGACACGGUCGUCAAGGUGGCUCUGCUCAGCCACCAGCAUCCACCACCAACACCGCAGCAAAUGAAGCUGUCACCGGGCUCGGCCGAUGCAGCGGCAGCUCUGCUCAUGCAUGACAAGCACUGUUGCCAGCCCUGACGAGCAAUUCCCUCUGUUCUUGGGAGGCCAACACAUCCUGAUCACGCUUUGUGAUGGCACCGCGUCGGGCACCCACAGGCCUGACGGAGGAGACAUUUUUUUUCCCUCGCAAUUCGACAGGGACACGACUAUGCUUCUGCACUCGGUGUAAAAAGAAAGAACUAUAGAGGCAAGCUGGUCUUAGCCUCGUGCCCUUCAAAGACCUCUUUAGUCAUUUUGUAUCCAAAGAUAUGCUUCAAGGUUAUGGUCACGAAUUUCAUUUUUAGCUGAUCAUGUUACAUUUCUGAUGAGACGGGAAUGUGAAAGUGUUUGCUUAGACUAUGACGAACGUUUAAGGAGCCUGAGGUGGACAAAAUUAAUUUAUAGCCUUCGGCUUUUUUUUUUUUUUUUUCGUAGUCUAGGUUCACUUCGGGACAUUGUGGGAAAGAAAUAAACGGAGAUGAAGGAAUAUAUUGUGCGUGACAAAAUUGGUAAGCCAACUCCUCGUGAAGCUAUUCCCUUUGCUUUUUUCUUUUAAAAUGUUGGAUAAACACAUGGCCUUCUUGUCUGCGUAACUAUGCUGUCGGGUAGCUCUAGCAUCACACCACUUCUUGCAUCUCCCAUGCUGAUGCACAACUAUCGCAAGUAUUUACAGUGCCGCUUGUGCUACCUGGGGCAGCCAGAUUGCAAGACACCGAAAAUCAUGCAGAGAAAAAACCAUGGGACAUGAGAGAAUCGAGCGUGCCCACAGCCGUAGAGUUUCCUACAAUAUUUACUCGUGGGAACUGUGCUGGUGCAAUCAUUCAGCCAGAAUUGGAAUGAUGGGAAGGUAAUAGGUAGUCCUGGUGCUUGCGUCUUCUAACCCACUUGUGGCUUUGUUUAUUGUUGUGUUUUGGCUUUUGUUUCAGAUCAAAGAUUUGGCUCCUUGUGAACCUCUUGAGCUGAUUUGAAUGUUCAGCCUAAAAGGGUGAAGGUGGCGGAGGGGAACUCUUGGAACUUUCGUUGUUCUACUAAGUGGCUGCAGGCAACAUGGAGCCACACAGCCGAAAGAAUGAAGCUUCGGCAACUUCAUCUAUACCUGUCAUUCCCAUGCUGGCUGAAGUGCCAUGUGUGGCAGCUCCCAUAGAAACUAAAACCAGAUUUCCGUCAAGUGUGCUAUAAUGACGCUCUAUGGCUGCAGCAGCCGUUCGGCUGCUUGACAAGCAGUGCGUUGGGCUUCAACAGAUGACAAGCACUAAUGCAUGCUGCGCACUCUGACAUGACAAUCUGUAGCCAUCUUGUGCUAUGCUCCCCCCUGCUUUGUUUUUUCAUCCUUGUUGGGAACAUUUGAAACCUUUUGUGCAAGCUUUUGCUCUGGGCUUUGAUGCAAUGCCUAGAGGAGUGUCUUCUCGAGCACGGAAUGGUAGAUUUGAGUUCGCAUCAGCUAUGGCGUGUGCUCAUAUGGCUGUCGCGCUAUUCCUCCCAAGAGGUGGGGAAGUGCCGAUGUUGCUGAUGUUUCAUUGAUUGGAACUGAAACAAAACCAAAUGGCUUAUCUUGAUUUCACUCCCGACCAAAAUACCACUGUUAUUACAGUAUAAUUCUAGUUAAAAAUGUUUUAAUUUUUUGUUUCCGUUUAUUUCCAACACACUCUCUGGAGCAGUGAGCUUGCUCAUUAUUUUAAAGCAACACCAAUAGAUUAGGUGUAGCCAAAUUUACCAAAGGCCGCCUAAGUUUAGGUGUUGUGGUUCUCUAUUGUGAAAUUGUAAUCUCUCUUCACGAGCUGAGCACACUAGCCUCUCUGAGAAGCCCUUCUUGAAUUUGUGCUCAAGUGAGAAGCCAUGAGGGCCCCUCUCGGCUGGUUGGGAAAUUUUUGCUGGAAAUCAAUCAGCCAGUCUUGGUGUCAGGGAACAAACUUUUGUAAAAUUUGUGCCCCGUGAAAGCUCUAGUCAAGGGCAGCUGCAUUUGCAGCCGUGCAAUAGGUCCUUGUGGCAGGCAUUCAGUAUGGUGUAUUUCCUCGGAUAUUAGUUUAUAGCAACAAGACAAAGCUAACAAAGUCUUUCUCGAAUGAAAUGCGUCUGGAUUGUCAACGAUUUCAAAAUGUUGCACUUUAUUGCUUGCAAUUUUAAUCAUAAAGUGUUUCAGAUAAGUGUGUGGGGCCCUCCAGAACUCCUUUGGUUGUCAGAUGGGUAUCAUAUGACUGCCUCAGGCUCCAUUCAUCACAUGGCUUACCACCCUCUGUUCUGCUGAGUAGUAUUUUUAUGCUGGGCUUGUGAAAAGUCAGCUGGGAUAUCUCUACGCACCCACCAACCUGGUACAUGCAUCGACGCCUACAUUGAGUGACAAGAAAUUAGGGCAAUCAUUUUAUGUUAGCUGAAACCCAUUCUUAGUCAGUCAUUUGGCGUGGCAACAUGUAUUGUCCUCUGGCAAUUUGUUGAAGGAAACAUUAGUACUGGCACCUCGGCAGUAGAAUACCUGAACUGCAUCCUUGCAUCUACUUUUCAUUGCCUUGCACCACCAGCCACAUUCCUAGGAGGACUAGAUGAGAUAUGCCCAUGUAUUUACUAUACUCUAUACAAUAAGGAGCACUUGGCACUUUUUCUGCACGUUCUUUGUGUUGUCUUUUGUCGGAGUCUUUGACAGUCGUUGUGCGAUUCUAUUACGGUGAACACUGGUCAUUCAAAUGCAUCAACUAUUUCAACCACAUUCUCAAAUCGUAAAGGAGUACUGACACAAAAAUAUUGCAUCUUGUUUUUUCUGUUGCUAUAUGUAGCUAAUAGUCCACUUAUGUCUGGAAACCUUGUUUGCUCAGGCAUGCAAAGGUUUAUUGUUUCAAGACGUCUUUAUACCGCCCAGUCACAGUUUUGAUUUCAGAAACUGGCGAAAGAGGUGGGACCCAGUGGGGUUUGUUGGUAAACGUAGCUGGCAUCGUGAGCACCCAAAACAGUGACGUUUUCGACAUGCACCGGCAUCGCUUGAACGUGUGCAGUGCGUUCACAACUGAGCAAGAGAACACAUGAAGGGAGCAUGGCAGUCGAACACAAACUUGUGACAUAGCUGGUUGUUGGUCGUGCUUAAACUCUAAACAAGCUGUUGUCGAUGCCGCAAGGUGCUCAGUUUUACGUGCGACUUUGUGGCACUCGCUUUAAGAUUGAUUUUCAAUAUAUUCUAAGCCAUAUUUUCUGUUGAUAUAUUGUAGAUGACGUUUCUCUCUGCACAAAUCUAUCUCUCAUCUUAACUCCCCUUCAAAAUUUUGUGUCAUGUCUCUUUCGAGCUGACCCCAGAGUUCUGUUUCUGAUUUUUGUGAAAGUUGCACAGAUUCUUUUAUACACGUUGAUGAUACUCGGAGCAACCUUUUUGGGGUGGAUUCAGUAGCACCCUUGUGACAUUGGCGCAGACAUGCUUUAAACUCGUGUUAGUUCAGAUGACAUGUUAUGAAACACCUGGAAACAAACUGGUAUGGAAAACAUUACAAAUGUCAUUAUAACAGCAUUUUAUUGCACUGGAAAUGUGUUCCCAACGACUAGCUGGUAUUGCAAACAUUGAAGAGGUCAUUGAAAUGGCUGUUUAUUUCACUGUAACUGUGUUACUUACAUACAAGAGGUGCAAGCUCGAAUGAUCAAAACACUGACAGAGUUUGCCUUACAUGUAGACAUUGGCACACGCUUUUUUGAGCAAACGACCACCUCGCCCCUCUUAGGGCACUCUACACCCACAGCAUAUUCAGAGUAAAAGACUUCAUUAUGCAUUUCUUUGUACAAAUGCGCGUUUUUUGCAUGCCAAGUAGAAUCUCUUCAUGUUACUUCUUGUAGUUUCUCGAUUUCUACAAGAUUGCCGUAUUUAUUUGCUAUUCACAAGAUCUGAUGCGAGCAGACAUGUUUGUUUCAAUAUUUAUGAACGCUUGGAAGCUUAGUGCAAUCUAUGUUCAUUUUUCUGUAUAUUGUGAUUGUCGCAUCUUUGCUUUUGCAUAUUACUAUACUUUUAAAGUUUCUAUUGUCGCAUCUGUUUGUUUUGCUUUUAUGUUGCCAAUGGCAUUGGAGCAACGCCUUUAACCGAAGAAAGGCAAGUGAAAGUUAUAUUUAGGAUGGUUAAUGUAAUUGCCAUUAUGGUUAUGAUGAUACUAUAAGGUUUCCUAAUGACUACCGUAAACUGUGACUAGCAUAUUUUGUGUUUAGGAGCAGCAAUACUACAUAUUUUAUAUAUCAUUUUGUUAGAUACGUGACAGUAAUAUUUUUGUCUUUCCACAGGGAAGAAAUCGUGUGGCUUUGUGCAAGUGUCCAACUUUGAAGAUUUUACCGAUGUGUAGAUUCAGUCUGCUUUUCAGAAGUGUGAAAUCUGCAUUUAUACUGAAUGUUUUCUGUUCUUUAGUAAAACAGCUUUUGGUUUGGUAUGACAACUUCUACAUCACAGCUUACCUAAUCCAGCCAGUGGUCUUGUAUUAACUUCUUUUAGUGGAAAGCUUCAUGCAGAACGAAGUAAUGAUUUGGAUUUCCAUGUGACAUUUUGACUGUUGAAAACGGUCGACAACAAAGCAUUGUGAAAGUGAGAAGACAUUACUGCUGCUUAAAUACAUGGGUGAUAUCGUGUUAUGAUUGGAAACACAUUUGAUAUGUCAUUAAAAGUACGUGUUUCGAAGUGACAAGAUGCAGCUUCAAAACGCAAAAUGUGUUGGACUUAGAGAAAAACUUUUGUAAUCAAGGAAUUUGGAUGCACCUAUGGCCAGAUUGGUGCUACCUUUCUGUAUAUACAGAACUGACCACUUGUUAUAUGGAGAACGUAGUUCCAAUGUAUGUUUACAUUGUAUUGUGAGAAGAAAGAAACUGCAGCUUCAUCACAUUUAUGUUUCCUGAUGCUGCCUCCUCAUAAGUUUAUGAAAUCUAGGAAGCUUUCGAAUGCAUUGUUUGGGUUUGUAUAAUUGGAGAGCAGUAGUGAUAAAUAGGCUGUUGAUAAUGAUGAGAUAUAUUGGCAAGAUAACUGGUUGCGUCUUUCAUCAGAUGUCGAAACCCAAGCUAGUCAGCAGUUUUUAUCAUUUAAUUUUGUGGACAUAUGCCGAGAAUGAUGAGACCACAUGAGAAGCCGGAUAACAAUGUGUAAAAUAAGAAGCUCGGAGAAACCAUUAUUAAUUAGGAAAGGGCAGAUUGUAAAUUUGAGGUUCAAAGCAAAUUUGAAGUGAAUAGUGAUUUGGUCAAAUAAUUUUGAAUCGAAUUGUAUAUAUCCCAUAUUCUAAAGAAAAAUUGGCGUUUUUUUUUCAUGACUGAACUUAGUUGCACAAUAUUUUUAAGAGUUAGAACAAGGCUUGUGCGAAUAUCCCAUUUUUAGUUCGAAGCAAAGUGGAAGCAAUUUUCAAUAGUAGCAAGAUUUAAAUAGCAGCAGGGUUCUAGUCAUAAGCGGCAAAAUAUGUUGAGUUUUAAAUUUGCUAUACUUAACGCAUAUAAGCCUUUGUAACACGCUUUUAAGCAAAAGAGAGAAAUAAUAAUAAUCGAGGUGAAGGUAACAUGUACACUAAACCUAGAAGUGUGGCUUCGCGGCAGUGUGGAUUCCUCUGGAUAGAUGGUUUCAUGGCAUACCUGCCAAUGCUGCAGUGAAACAACCUUUACAGGGAGGUUACAUGCAAUAAAAUAAACGUGUAUUCAUUCGUUUCGAAUACUUCGAAGAUUCCAAAAUUUCUAAUUAGGGGCUGAAGCGAAUUAGAAUGCUGUAAUACUCGUUUGAACAUUCGAAGUGCUCGAAUAUUCGCCCAUGGCUAAUCACUGUCUCUUUGUAUUGUUUCAUAAUGGCUGGUGUUUAGCGGAGCUUCUUGAGUGUUUCAUUUCCAUUCAAAGUCCUCGUGGAAAGACUUUGUUUCUCUUCUGUGUUUGUUCACUCUUCAUGGUAUCUCAUUUGUAUUUAUGUCUGUGGGAAUCUGAUCUCUGUCCUCAUUGUCUUUAUUUACACAUGUGCAGUGUUAUCACGUGAUAAUGAAUGUGUUUAAGAGUUUCGCCCGUUUUAUACAUGACUGGCACAAUUGCUCUUGCAAACAAAUGACCCACAAUAGUGCGAGUUGUCUGCAGCUUGGGUAUGGUGCCGGUAUCAUAUUUGUAUCUAUACAGUGGGACACUGAAGCCUAGCUAUACCUAAAAGACAUGGGAGGGGGCGGAGGGCAAACAAACCUCCGCAGUAUUUUUUUAGCGAUACGGCCAAUCUCUUGCGAGACCACAGCAGCAGGUGCAUGUACUCAAGUACAGCACAUAUAAAGUCAGUCAUACAAAACGAAAACAAAUAGCCAUGCAUAGCAGUGCAAUUCAGGAGAACUUGAAAGCCUAGACAGUGCUGUAAUGUUUGGUAACGCAGAAUAGUCGUUCAAAUAACAUCAAAACCUACAUUUGUUGCGAUUGAAUGUGUAAAAAAAUAUUGCAUGAAAGUACUACAUCACUGACAGCCUAACAGCACACCACAGGUGCAAUUGAAUUGUACAAGGUAUUUUCUUUUUUUUUUUUCGGUAAUUGUACAAUUUCGAAACACGAGAAAAUGCAAGUGAAGACCCCUCACAUAUCAGUAACUAGUUAGUUUACAUGUGGUUUAAUAGGCCUUUUUAUGUAAGGAUACAAAGCUUUUACAAUACAAUGUACUAUCCAUGAUUGCUUUGUGUAAUUGUUUAUAUUCUUUUCGGUAAUUGUACAAUUUCGAAACACGAGAAAAUGCAAGUGAAGACCCCUCACAUAUCAGUAACUAGUUAGUUUACAUGUGAUUUAAUAGGCCUUUUUAUGUAAGGAUACAAAGCUUUUACAAUACAAUGUACUAUCCGUGAUUGCUUUGUGUAAUUGUUUAUAUUCUCUGAUUACUUGGGAAAAAUAAAGCAGUUAAGU